AUGGCCGGCAAGCGCAAGAAGACCCACUGGGCCGCGCGCCGCAAGACCAAGCAGGCGCGCCGCGACGGCCAGCCGGAUGACGCAGAGCCGCGUCCGGACCGCCGCGCCGAGCGCUCAGACGCCGUCCACCCCGGCUCCUACGCGGCGCAGCGCCAGCGCCAGCACCCGACGGACGCAGCGGACAAGCCCGCGCUGUCGCUGCCGACCAAGCGCCGCUACGGCCUGUGGGUGGCCUUCUGCGGCAAGAACUACAGCGGCAUGCAGAUGAACGAGGGCGUCAAGACCAUCGAGGCGGAGCUCGAGCGCGCGCUGUUCGAGGCCGGCGGCAUCGCCGAGAGCAACUACGGCUUCCUACAGAAGAUCGGCUGGAGCCGCGCGGCCCGCACGGACAAGGGCGUGCACGCGGCGGGCCAGCUGCUGACCGCCAAGCUGCACGUGGGCGAAGACGCCGACAUCCCGGCCUUCGUCGGCAAGGUGAACGCCGCGCUGCCCGAGGAUAUCCGCGUGAUGCACAUGGUCACGGUCACCAAGAACUUCAACGCCAAGAUGACGUGCGACCAGCGCACCUACGAGUACCUGGCGCCCACCUUCAUCUUCGCCAAGCGAGCGCGUGCUGCAGCCAUAAAGGAGUCGGAGAAGACGGAGGAGAAGGGAGAUGCAGCGACUGCGCAAUGGCCGUCGGACCUGCGUGACUCCGAGGAGGGCUUUGACGACAACGUGGUGAUUGAUAACACGACGCUAGAGGCGCACAAGGCCUUCCGACUAAGCGACGAAACGCUGGAGAAGCUGAACGCCACGCUGAAGGAGUACGUGGGGACCCACAACUUCCACAACUUCACGUCCAAGAUGGAGCCGACCAACCCUCAGGCGAAGCGCUUCAUUAUUUCAUUUGAGGCCGAACGUCCGUUUGUGCAGAACGACAUGGAGUGGGUGCGGCUGCGUGUGGUCGGCCAGAGCUUCCUGCUGCACCACAUCCGCAAGAUGAUCGGCACCGCUGUGGAAAUUGUGUCGGGUGUUACGGACCCCUCGACAAUCGAGCGCGCCAUGCAGCUGACCAAGAUGGACUUGCCCAAGGCGCCUAGUGUGGGCUUGUACUUGGCGCAAGCGCACUUCGAGGUGUACAACUUGAAGAUGGCCGAGUCUAUUCAAACGUCCCACCCGCCGCUGGACCUGAAGGAGCCUGCAGUCGCCGCUGCUGUGGAACUAUUCAAGCGCGAUUUCAUCUUUGACCACAUUAUGAAGCACGAAGAGCGCACUCGGACGUAUGCGAAGUGGCUACGCACCAUGGAGGUGUUGCCGUUCGACUACGUGGCUAAGCCCUAUUUGGAGUGGAAAAAAGAGAAGGAGGAGGAAGCCGAGCGUACCGACCGUGCUGGUAGGCGGGAGUUGGCCAAGGCAGCGCGAGCUGAAGUCGCUGCCCAGGCCAACAAUCCGUCAGAGGUACCAGCCACAAAGGAAGUUGCCAAGACGGAGGAGGAAUCUACCGCUAGCUGA